AUGCUCGUUAUUACUUCAAGCCCAUGCAUCUCGACGCAACAAGAUCCUCCCAGACGUACCCGCACGACGCGAAACCUUGCUCCCGAAGCCACCGCUACCGGCGCUGAGCACGCCAAGGGCGCCCAUCCCGAGCCUGAAAUGCAUCCUCUGACUAUCCUCCUCUGUGGUCCAUCUGGCGUCUUCAGCCUCGCAUCUUUGACACCACUUCAAGCGGACCUUUCAACAGAACGCGCCUUCUUCGACUUCAUCGAACCUCCUUAUCCGAAUGCUCCUCUUCAGUCCACUGCUGCAAUUGUACCGCACUACAGAUCAGCACCGAAGGCCUCUUCACCCAUUCGCGAGCCCCUACGACGCCCAAGCACAGAAUUGUCGCCCGGUUCCCAGUCAUGUCCCGAAAGCAUUCUCGCCAGCCUCGACCGCGAUUGA